GACGUAACUUAGGACGUAGAAAAAAAAAAAUUGUUUGCUUUUUUUGAAGAGGGAAAUUCCGAUGGACAUGUUUUUUUUUCUUUUCCGUUACUUUGGAGAAUUGGAGUAAUUUUUUUUUUUAUUAUUUUUUCGUGGCCUUUUUUUUUAUUUCCUUCUGCUCUCCAAACCCCCCUUUUUUUUCGCAUGUUCAGUCAACCAUCGACCUCUCAAUCCUUUGGAUCGUUUGGUUUCAAUGCCCAACCGUUUGGGUCGUCACAGCAGCAACAACAACCACAACAACAGCAGCAGCAGCAGCAGCAACCACAGCAGCAGCAGAAUUCUAGCUCGCUUUUUGCUUUACCUGCAGGCUCCACUUCCACUUCUACGGGUCCUUUGACAACACCUUCUACUUCAUUUGGAACAUCGUUCAAUCUCAAUACCAACAACUCAACCGCUACUUCAGGAGCUGCAGCGAAACCUUUAUUCUCAUUUGCACAACCAACAUCGUCGUCGUCUGCCCAGCAACAACAGCAGCAACCACAACAGCCAUUCAAUACAACCAACACUACCACCACCGCGGCCAAUGGCGACUCGAGACCAAGUUUGCAACCUUUGGACUCGUUCUUUUCAAAGUCGGACGCAUCGGCCCCUCACUUCAUCAUUCAAGCCGAUAAAGUGACCCGCACUUCCACUCCGCCCAGCUUUUUUGUCAACGCGAGGAGUGCCACACGAGACUUGGCCUUGCCAGAAAGACGUUCAGAGUUCACCCGCUCCUCCUCGAUUACAUCCAUGUAUGGUGGCAAACCCGUCUAUUUACCUGGCUUCCUCACCAACGAUGCAGAGUCCUCGGAACAAACGGGACAAAAGAGACACAACAAGUCGAAUACAGAUGCAGAACGAAGAGUGAUGCUCAAGACAUCCACCGAUGCCCCUGGGUUAUUUGGAAAGGGCUCGGGCAAUACUGGCUUUGGCUGGCGCGAUACAAAAGGCAAAACGAAAGCAAAUGAUAAAUCCAUCGACACGAUACCUACACAGUCUUUAUCGGAUACCGAUAUUUCACUGCCAACAAAAGACAUCAGCACUGUGCUCACUGACCUUAGACAACCCAAGGAAGUCACAGCCUCCUCAGAGGCAAAGAGCCUGGGAGACAAUGGAAAACGGGAAGAAUCGAAACCGGCAGCGUCGACAUCGACGACGGUGAAUAUCUUUGGUUUCCCAGCCAACAUGAAACAAUCGAUUCUGGAAUAUUUUGGUCAAUAUGGUCAGAUCAUCGAGACACGACAAUCGCCUGGUAACUGGAUCACCAUCCGUUACGCCACGGCUCUAGCGGCUCAAAAGGCGGUGGAAAACAAUGGAAAGAUUAUUGCUCAGGGUUGUAUGUUGGGAGCGACCUUGGCUACCGAUACCGAAGAACAGAAAUCGCAGCAACACGGUGUUGUCCCUUUGAAGAAUGCCAUUGACUUGUACAAGAAGCUAGAUACCACCCCGAGCUUCGGUCUUGGUAGUGGCAAAGCUGGAGCCAGUGCCAUUGGAGCCACCUCGUCCGUCAUGCCCUCGGGUGCUGUGGAAAAAUCCUCUGAACGCGGAUGGAUGAACAAGGUGAAAGAAGUUGUCUUUGGUUGGUAAAAACGCAGAACAGAAACACAAAACAAAAGAAAAACCAAGGUCCCACGGGUUCGACAAAGACUGAUCAUCCAACUAAACAAGAAAACAAAAAUUCAACUUCCCCUUUUUUCUCCCCCCUUCCAUAAAAGAAAAAAAAGACAUACACUUUCGAUUUCCUUGAUUGGCUGCUUUCCGACUUUUCUCCAUACAAUAAAUAAAAAAGAUACUACCAUGGAAACAUAAUAAUAGACUUUAACAUGGUCAUUGCAGAUUCCUGUUAAACGCUUUAGUAAAGUUUGAUAAUUUUGGUAUAAUUAUGAAAUGGUGAGUGUGCAUCAAGGAAUG